AUGUCGGUAUUUGGUGUGGACUUCGGCAAUCUUAAUUCUACCGUCGCAAUCACGCGUCGGGGCGGGGUCGACAUUGUGACAAAUGAAGUGAGUAAACGAGAAACAACGACCAUUGUUUCUUUUGUAGAUAAUGAGCGUUUUAUUGGUGAACAGGGUGUUGACCGCUACGUGCGUAAUGCACAAAACACGGUGUUUCUGCUUAAACGUUUUGUUGGAAUGCACAUGGAUGAUCCCUCGCUUGUGGCGGAGCGUCGCUUCCUUACCUGCAACAUAAAAGGUGACAAAAAUGGUCGACUGAUGUUUGGUGUGAACUACUGCGGCAAUAUGACCUACUUUUACCCGGAGCAGGUCUUGGCGAUGCUUCUUCAGCGACUUCGUCUCUACGUGAAUGCAGCCGCCACUUCGGAUGCAAAGGUGCCUGUUGACGUUCGUGAUUGUGUAUUAACUGUUCCUUGCUACUACACCUCCGAACAGCGGCGCCUCAUGUUGCAGGCGUGUGAGAUUGCUGGGCUGCAUUGUUUGUCGCUUGUCAAUGAUACCACCGCGGCGGGCAUUGACUAUGGUAUCUUCCGCGGCUCUUCCUUGGCUGAAGCGGAAGAGGAGGCGCAGGUGGUUGGUAUUCUUGACAUUGGAUACGGUACGACUAUCUUUGCCAUUGCGAAGUUUUGGCGCGGUCACCUGAAGCUUCUCGGCCGUUCCUUUGACCGCCAUCUCGGCACCCGCGAUCUUGACUAUGAGCUUCUUAAGUACAUGGCAGAGGAGGUGAAGCGGAAGUACAAUGUGGACGUGACUACGAACAAACGAGCGAACCUUCGACUUUUGCAGGCCUGUGAGCGUCUUAAGUAUCUCCUCUCCGGCAAUCAGGUGGCGCAGCUGAACGUGGAAAACAUAAUGGACAUCGACAUUAAUAUUUCUUCCUUCCAGCGGAGCACAUUUGAGGAGCUCUCGGCGCCUUUGUUGGAGCGCUUUAAGAACGUUGUCCGGCGGGGCUUUGAGGUGUGUGGGGUGCCCCCGGAAAAGUUCCACAGCAUUGAAAUGAUUGGUGGCGGUUGUCGCAUCCCCAUGUUUAAGCGGGCAACAGAGGAGCUCUUAGGACGUCCACCCAGCUUUACACUUAAUGCAUCGGAAACGGCUGCCCGUGGUGCAGCCAUCACUGCGGCCAUCUUUUCACCAACGUUCAAGGUACGUGAGUUUGUUGUGAGCGAAAUGCCAACGUAUCCAAUUAAAAUUGCGUAUCACAUGGAGAACGCACAGAGCACAAGUGUUGUGCCAUUCAUACCUGAUGUCAAUAAGGUGGUGACCGUGCUGGGCGAAAAGGACCACUUUCCAAAGUUACUGGAGAUUACCAUCAAGCGCAGGGGUGGGUUUAAGUUGUACGCCUUCUACGACUAUGAGCACCCGCUUGUGAAGAAUAAUAUGCCCUUGGAGGAGUUCAUGAUUGGUGAGUGGGAAGUUGGAAAGCCACCGAGGGAUUCAGCCUCAACGGAGGUGCGUGUACGUCUGCAUCUGCUUGCCAACGGUCUUCUUCACGUUGAGUCUGCCGUUUCUAUUGAAAUGUAUGAAGUGGAAGAACCCGCAAAGGAAGAAUCUGCGAAGGAGGCUGCAGCCACCGACACGAAGGGCGCGGAGGCGAAGAAGUCCGAAGACGGGGAGGGGACAACUCACAAGGCACACGAAAAGAAAAUGGUGAAAAAGCAGAAGCAGCGGCGUAUCGAACUGACUGUUACACCGCGCCUUGACGUGAUUGGUCUUCCUGGGGAUAUGGUAUUGCUGUUCCAGAAGCAAGAGGCUGAGAUGAACGAACGCGACAUCCUCUUUACCAAGACACGGGAUAGCAAGAAUGAGUUGGAGAGUUACAUCCUUGACAACCGCCCACGCAUUGCCGAUGGCGGCGUCCUCGCAGAAUUUGUGACAAAAGAGCACCAGACGAUGUUUAUUCAACUCUGCAAUGAAUAUGAAAAUUGGCUCUACGAAGAUGGCGCCGAUGCAGACCUCAGUGCAUACGAGGGACGAGUCAAAAUACUCCGAGACAUCGCGGACACUGCGAAUGCACGACGCAUGAACCUUGAAGAUAUUUCCUUUGCGCUGGAAUUGUUUAAGAAGGAGGUUUGCAAGGCACGAGACUUGGCGCUGGACACCAUUGGGAAAAUGGAGCACAUUACUGAGGAGGAGCUUCAUGAGGCGGCGAAAAAGUGCGACGAGGCCUUGGAGUGGGCAGAGCGAGAGGUGAAGAAGUAUCAGCGGGCCCCAAAGACGGAGGCGCCCACCAUCACUCGCGCAGACCUUCAGGCAAAGCAGGUGACAGUCACAGAAGGUGUGAACGCCGUGGUGAAACGCCCUGCACCGCCGAAGCCAAAGGAGACGAAGUCUGCGAGUGCCACUUCCGCUGCGUGCGGCACAAAUGGGGAGGGGAAGACAGCGGACACACAGCCAUCAGAAGCCAAGCCGUCUUCUGUCGGAGAGGACGAGGCACCGAAAGGUGGUGAUGACCUUGACUGA